AUGCUUCGGGAAUGUAUAGAUGAUUUGUUCAUUCUUCUUUACAUUCUCAGCCUCAAUUGCAGUGGCCUACCAUUCAGUCAUGGGAAUUUGAUUGAAAAUAAAGGUUUGGCUGUUGGAGAGGAGAUAUGGAAGGAAACUCUACCAUUACAAAUGGGCUCCCGCCUUAACCAACUGCAAGGGCUUAAAUCUCAUACGUGGUAUGAAGUGAGGAUAUCAUAUCCAGCUUCUAUACCUGCUAGCUUUACUAUACGACUGAAGAGAGGCAAUUCAGAACUGGGGCUGAACUGGCAAAGAAAAUUACUCGACACUGAAAAGUUAAUUUUCAAGAGUGAUGACCUGGAUUUGCUUACCAACCAGGGUGGAAUGCAUGACCUGGUGACUGUGGAACCUGAGGGGGUUGUUGCAAUACCAAAUGGACAAGAAAGAGAAUAUGUCAUCUAUAAUAUAGUUUGCGACGAACUAUCAUUAGGCAUCCCUCACAAAGCCUGGUGGGUUGUAAUCUUGGUAUUACUUUGCUUGGGACUGGCAUUUGUGAUCCCACAUCUUUUCUUCCUUCGUAUCGGCUACAAACAGAUCAAAGCUCACAAACAUCUGAUCCGAUAAGUUACAAGGAUUCAUAGCCUUUAUUCUCUCUUGCUGCCAAAUUCAUAGCAUUUUGCGCAUGCCAUUGGUGUUGACCAGUAGGAGUUAUAAUCGAGAUUGGAGCUACAUGAUUCUUUAACCAUUGUUUUAGUUUUGAUCUCCAUGUUCUGAUGGUCUUUAAGAAAGAAGAUUAGAGGUACACACUAAUGCUUGACAAUAUAUAGUACAGGCAGUUUUUACGCCUUCUGGGGCUUAUGGUUGUAAAUUUCUUCUCGAUUAUUUCUUGGUCUUCUAGUUCUUCAUUGG